AUGGAUGGUUGGAUGUUGGAAAUGUGGUUCUUUGCCAGUCUUUAUUACGACGGAGUAAAAUUGUUUGACGAAAACGAUAACGAAUUUCAAACUUGGCCAGCAUCCAACUUCAAAACUCUGGAUAUCAAUGCUUUUCCUGCUCUACCAGAAAAUAAUGGUGUUUGGUUCAAGCCAAACAAAUGGAACCAAGGAGGAUUUGAUGCUAUUUUCUUGGAUAAAGGAAAAGGGUUGGUUAGAUUCGUUCAAGUAACUGAUGGCAACACACAUUCAUUCAAAAUCAAGUAUUUAUACAGUUUUUUGCUGAUGCUAUGCCAAUCGCCUCAAUCGUUUGAAAUUACAUGCUUGGAAAUUAUCUUUGUUGCUGACCAAAAGAAACGCUCAACUUUCAAGGUAGCCGAACCAUCGGUACCAGGCAUGUUAACAGAUUUUGGUUGGAGACUCGGUGAAGAGUUGGAUAAAGUCAAAGUUGUUUUCAUAAAGGGAUGGUGCGAUUAA